UACAUAUAUAUAUAUUUUUUAUCUGUUAAAUACAACUACCCCAAUCUGAUGAUAUCAUGUGUUAUAAAAUCUGUCUGAGUAUGCACAGAUAACCUUCCUCAAUGAAGGCCUGUUCCACACACACUUGAUAAAGCAUACACAUUCAGAUCUUAAUUUCUUCAUCUCUUCUUCACGCAUAUAUAGCAGUUGAGAAGGCAGAGUCAAUCUUGGGAGAAAUGAACGUGAAGGGAAUCAUGGAUGGGAAUAAUGAUCUUGGCGACGGAAAUACAAAUUGGGCUGUCAAGGAAGAUGUCAAUGAUGAUACCAGCGAUUCGAUAUCCAUUGGAUCAAUCUCGGGAGAUUCAGAGAACUCCGUGUCUUCAUUUUCAUCAUCAGAAUUGGCCGAGGAGGCAUCAUCCUCUUCACCAUCUUAUCUGUCUUCCUCCUCUCAUUCAAACGGACCUUUGUUUGAACUGUCAGAGCUAAUGAACCAACUUCCCAUAAAGAGGGGCUUGUCUAUGUUUUAUCAAGGGAAGGCACAAUCUUUCAGUUCUCUAGCGAGCGUAGAGAGCAUAGAAGAUCUUGUGAAGAAAGAGAGACCUUACAGGAAGAAAAUGAAAUCAUGCAAAAGCUUCGAGGGAGGCUUGGAUACCCCCAGAAUAUCCUUCACUCCAAAGGCUACAAUUUCAAAGAAAGCUUCAAGAGGAACUCUUGUAUCUGUUCUAACUAAAAGACGGAGUUUCCUUGGAGCCUCCAGAACUUCUUCCUUUGCUGUACAGAAGAACUUUUGAAAAAUCCAACCUUGCUAGUUAGACCUUGCUUAUUAUUUUAUGCACAGAAUGGGGAAAAUUUUCAAGCCCUCAUCACCUUCAGCUUCUUUUCUGACCCGAUACUCAUAUUGUUAAUUGAUUCAUAUACGCAUGAUUCAUUAGUAUCAUUAAUUCGUGGUACUUUGUUUUUCAUACAAUAGGAUCAUGGCCAGUGUUUCAUUAUUACUAGAAUAAAGUUAAAUUAAUACAUGAUUGCCAAUUAGCACAUG